AUGGCUGAUUCCCACGAAUCCACAGUGCUCCCCUCGGGGCAAGCAGAUGCGAUGCUGUCUUCAGUCCCAGAGCGACCAAAUACUCACAACUCUAGUGAUUACCCACAGGCAUUGGAGUCAGCCCGGUUUUCCGUGUGGCGUAUCCCGUACCUGACUCGCGAAGGGCCUCUCGGACAUACGAAUAUCGACGGUAUUCUGCGGUUUGUAGAGGCCUUCGUGUCAGAAUAUCUGCCGUCACUUCCGGAGAAUCAGCGUGGGGACAGUAUCGAGGAAUUUGCAUACAAUCUUCCCACAGAUCUGACCAUCGAGGAUCAAGCCACCGUAGGUCUUCCGCGAGCCAUAGAGCUAUUGUCGUCAGAUGAGGAUGGCCCGAUGCCUAUGGAAGGACUCGAUGACGACGCAGCUCGUCGAGCGGGCAAUUUCCCUUGGUUCGCACCGUCAACAAUCAUCACUCGAGACCCACCCUCACCCGUUGUUCCUUUCUACGACCCGGAUAUCGAGGGGGCUGCAGCACUCAACGAAAUCCGCAUUUGGGUUCGCGAGUUGUUCUCCUUGAACUCGCUGUUCUUCGAUAUUCAGGCUCAGAUGUCAUCCAUGGUGCGAGACAUGGGGGCAUCUGAUGAUCCGCUUCGGCUGAAUGCUCAGCGCCUCCUUGAUGAAGCUGUGGAUGAUCUCAUCCAGGUCUCCUUGCCGAGCUUGUUUGAAUUAUCGCUGGACAAAGUGCAACCUCGCGCCGAGAGUCUUGCUGACGCAGAGAGACACGUUGUCACAGCUAAAGAGAAGUUGUUCUUGGCAGAAGCGUACCUCGUCACGCAAGAGGCAUUGCUGCUCGCCAGUGGAGACGAGUUCAAAGCGCACGCCAGCAGAUACGAACGAACCAGAUAUCGAGACCAUCUGAGAUGGCUCGUCUCCAAUCUUCAAACCGCACGGCUCCGUGGUAUCUUUAUCUGCUCCUCCAGCACGGAGCUCGAACCGGUCACUCGGUCAUAUGAUACGAGCGAGGACAGUUGUCCCGUUUGCAGAGAGGAUCUACCGGAAGAAGGCGAGAUCGCUCAUCCCCCUGCAGUCUCGUUCGCCUGCUGCAACAAGGGCUUCCACGUUGACUGUCUUCUAGAGUGGUUAUUCGAGAAUUUCAGCGAAGACAUGGAUUGCCCAAUGUGCCGCAAGGAGCUGGACCUCGACUUCUUGGGAGCGCUCAUGGAGCAGAAAGUACAAGAGCUGCAAUGUCUCUGA